GGCGGGCACGUGCCCGUGCGCGUGAGGGACCGAGGUGUCCGCGCAGCCCCGAGACCUGGCAGCCUCCGCCGUGCCGCUCCUGGCCGCGGGCCAGCGCCCCAGCAGGAAAGACCCGCCCCGCUGCGAAGGCGUCCGUUAGCGCCGAGCCCCUUUCUGCGCGGCUGAGCUGUCCCGCGCCGCGCAGGAGCUGACGGGAGCACGACGCUCGAGGCCCAGGCUGAUUAGUCGGAAGCCCGCAUUACCAAGGGUUCCGGUUUGGAUCUGCUGUUCAAAGGCUGGGGAGUACUUGCGCACUGAGUAGAGAGGACAGCUCCAUCUCUGCCCCCAGAGCCAUGCACAGCAAGAACCAGAGGAGGCAUGGGUCCCCCGUGGUCCCGAUGAGGGACAGAGCCCCGCUGGCUCACGGGUCCGGCAGCCCGUCCCAGCCGAAGCCCUUCAGAGCGCCCAGAGACGGCGCCCACAGCCCCUUCGGCAGGGCGCCGCACGCGGUCUACCCACCGAAAGGGGCCCGAGGCCGGCCGUGUGUGUCUGUUCCUGUGGUCAGUCUGGAGAAGAUGCCCUGUCUGGGGAGGAACGACGGGGCCCACGUCCGACUCAACUGCACGUCCACCACGUCAUCUUCCUCAUCCUCGUCCUCAUCCUCUUCUGCCGCCGUGCUCAAGCCCUCCCGCAAGCCCCCGGACCGGGUUCCUAACGGCAGAAUACCCAGCGGGCCCCCCUCCGCCCCCGACAGACGACCCAGCGCCUCUCCUUCCGCGCUGGACCGGCGGCCGGCCUCCUCCCCUGGCCCCUCCCCCUCCUCUCUAGACAGACGGCCCAGUGCCCCGCCCACUCCACUGGACAAGAAGCACCAAAAUGGCACCAAGGGCAGCAAGCCGUGUAAGAGGACGUCAGCCAGGGUAUUCGAUCCCAACAAGCACUGCGGAGUCCUGGACCCUGAGAGCAAGAGGCCCUGCACGCGCUCUCUGACCUGCAAGACUCACUCUCUCACCCAUCGGCGGGCGGUGCCAGGGCGGAAGAAGCUGUUUGAUUCGCUGCUGGCGGAGCACAAGGGGCGAGUAAAGGAGAAGGAGAAGGAGAAGGAGGCGCAGUCCGCCCGCGAGCAGCAGCGGGGCCGAGAUCCCGGUCACGGCCUCCCUGCCCAGUCACAUGACCCCCCGAGCGGCCCACCCACAAACGGCAAGACUCCGUCUCCAUCGAAGGCCAGGCCUGUCUGCGCAUACGUGCCCAGGACUCCUGGCAGCAGGGGCGGGGUCAGUCAGAACUGCUGCCCCGGCCCGGCCCCCGACGCGGGGCCCCUCUGCCUCGGAGCGGAGGGGGGCGGCCGGCCGUCCAGCGAGGAGGACGAGGGCGCGGUCCCGGACGAAUCGGAGAGGCCGGACUGCCACUGCUCGCCGCGCCACCCUCGGCCCGUGGGGUGCUGCUCUUUUGGCAGUCGGCUGAUGGGGCGGGGCCACUACGUCUUCGACAGGCGGUGGGACCGAACGCGUCUAGCGCUGCACCGCAUGGUGGAGAGGCACGUCAACUCUCUGAUGUGGCGGAAGAUCCCGCAGGCCAAUGAAAGCCCCACCCCCUCUCCGGGGGCGAUUCCAGCUGCGCAGGCCUUCCUGAGCCCCUCCUCCAGCGGCCCCUACGGCAUUGGCCUGCCCCUGCUGUCCCCGCCUGCGGCCUUCGUCAACCAAUCAGAGGGCGUCUCCAUGGUGUCCUACUCUGCCACGUUCCCCCCCGGUGGCGGGGGUGUGUUCAGCAUCGUGGACUCCUCCUCCAUCGUGGCUCCGUUCCCCGCCCUCUCUGCCAUGUCGUCCCGGGGCGCCAGGCCCCGUGCCAAACCCAGCAGGCCCCCGAAGGCGCCCCCGCCCACCUCCGGGGCGCUGGGCGUGGCGGGAGGCGGGGCAGCGGGCGGGGCAGAAGGCGGAGCUGUCGGGGGGAAGAAGAAGAAGCCCCCGCUCUCCUACGUGGCCCCCCACAGGAGGAACAGUGUGGGCGCCGUGCCCCCCCUCAGCCCCCACCCCGCCCGCCCCGCCUUCUGCAGCAACGGGGUGCCCCCCCUCAGUGCCAAAACCGAGCCUUCCCCGCACGACACAGACUUCACCGUGCCACGCCCCCUCUCCGGGGACCACGCCCUGUCGGUCCACAGCCCCCUCCCCUUCUCCGCGGCCUACGGGAGGAAGCGGAAGAGCUGCGGUCCCGGCGCCAGCAUCGGCAAGACCGCCAAAACAUCAGGGCUGAGCAGCAUCUUCAGGAAGGGCUUGUUGGAGCCCCCCCACGCCUCCCUCCCCCGGCAGGUAAACCCUAAUCUCGCCUGGAGCUCCUGAGUCCCGGGGUCCCGUACUAGUCACCUUAUCAGUACCCAGCGAUCGCAGCACGGCCUGGCUCAGGGCUACGGCAGCGCUAGUGGAUUUGCGCGGAGAGGGCGGCAUAAUAAACGCACACAUUCGCCCACCAAGUAUUUGCGCUUGCAUCGGCAUCUGGAUGAAUCUCCUUGGUAGCCCGUUGUAGUGAAUCCGAACGUUCAUCAGCUGUCAUAUUUCUCUCCGCGUAGUUGUAGUAGCUGAUCUUUCCCCUGCUGGUCUCAGUUUGAAGUGGCUCGGCGAGUGCGAGCUGCAGCUUUUUGUGUUGUUUCGCUACACAUGUUUUGGAGGAGGAAAAAAGGGAUUCAGUUUGAUCCAGCAUUGUCUCUGGAGUUCAAAGCUGAUUUGUUCCGGCGGGACAUGAAAGGGGCUCAUUGUUUCGGGGCCCCUGCAUGUUUCUCUGGGUGGGCGGCGGCCCGCAUCCACGGCUCUUUGUUGUUCCAGCCCGCGGUCCAUCGCUGACGGCGCCUCGCGAGAGACGCGGAAUGCCUGAGCGGCGCGGCGAGGGCGGGCCACGGGGCGUCACCGCGGCGACCGACGUCCCCGCCGCUUGCGGUGGGAUCCAGCGCAGCCCAGCAAUGACGUCGCUUCCGGGGGGCGGGCGGGGGGGGGGUCAUCGCACUGUACUUAUCCCGAGGCCUGGGUCUUUCGGCUGGGGCGGGCUGAAUGCUCCUUUGGGGAGGUGGUCAGUGUCGCUCAUUGGAUCAAACCGCACCGGCCGCGCUCACAGCACCACUACUCACUCUGCUCCACUUCCCCUCCAGCUCACCGGUAUAAUCCAGCAGGGCGGAGCUGUCAUGGGAACCGGCUCCCUCCGGAACGACACUAACAUCCGCCCCCAGCCGAGCAGCUAUACACAACUACAGCAAGCACUUAGCGUUAUGCAAAAAAAACCCUGUGCUGAAGGGGAAAGAGUCCGCCGAUCUUUAACUUCUACAGUGCAAAGUGCAUUUCAUUCACACUUGAGAUGUAACCGGAUUCCCUUGUGAAAAUGAGUACUGGACUUAUAUGGAAGCUUGUUAAGCAGAGGGACGUGGCGGGUGUUUCUGUGGGGGGGGUUUGAACAUGGGCCACCUGUGCACCCUCUGCUUCAGGCUUACGGAUCAGACACGGCGAGGCUCCUGUAGGAGAGAGCGGCUCCUGCUGGUCAGUGUUAAAAGUGCACUUACUUCCAGGUCUCUUCACACCUGGACUGCAACUGGUUGCAGAACGCAACCGGGAAAUUUGAAAUUUGUACCAAGGGAAUUUGUACUACUUGUCCUGUUCUGCAAGUAAUGUCAGGUAUUCAAGGAGACUUGGUUUUUACAUUUCGCACAGCAUGGAGUCAAGACCUGGCACCCCAAAUUGUAAUAUUUUAUAGCAUUGGUUUUGUAUAAUAUUUAUGGUUCCUUUCGAUACCUUUCUAACUGACCAGAAUAGCGCUACAGAUGUUGAGCAGAAUUAUAUUUGUAUUUUCUUUUUAAAUAUGAAAGUAUUAUAAGCGUUCCUAUCAUUGGAAAGAAAUGUGUACAUAUCAUUAGUAUUUUUGUAUUUAUUAUUUUCUCAGCGCUAAAGAGCAUUUAGGAAUUUUGUCCUGUUUGCCCCCCCCCCCCCCCCCCCCCCGCCACAGUCGCAUGAAAUGUGGGUUAGUGAGGGGCGUGGCAUCACCUCGCUUGUGCUUUUCCUGCUUUUAUCUCGCUCUUCCCAGAACGGCCUGGUGUUGGAAGGGCGUUUGCCUUGGCAGGGGGUCCGACCGGCUGAGCCUUUUUGUUUUUCUUGAGCUCUUUGCCGCGAUGCUAAACCGUGAGCCCCACGCCCCGUUCUGAGGCACUUCCCCUUGCCCCAACGGGUCCGUGCCGACACCCGGCCCGGAGGUCCUCUUCUAGGCCCAAAAUUAACAUCUGCGUUUUCCGGCGUGCCUUGACUGAAGGAAAGUGACACCACAGCAGUAGUGUGGUGAGGUUGACCGCCUGUGUCCCUCAGGCCUGUUGCUCAGGAGCUGGUCUGAGCUAAUUUAAGAUAUUGAAGUAAAUGGGAAACAGAGCACUCAAUUUGGGGACCGUCUUUAAUUUACAUGGCUCGGCACGCUCGGGCCUUGUCUUCCCUGUGCAAAUGCAAUACCCGAGUAUUCGCCAGAUUUCCAAGAAGGCUUCAGCAAAGCGGCUCCCCCGCCGCCUAAUGAGACCUUGACAGAUGCACUGGAUGUCCGUGCAGUGAUAGAUGAUGUCAUUAAUAUCCACUUUCAAGAAAAAAAAAAAAAACAGAGGCUGCAGUGCGACACUGUCGGAGCCGUGAACAGUGGUCUUCAUUAUUGCCCCGAUGCCAAGCGGCGAGCGCAAACCCGAGUUUUAGCGGCGGGCGCCGUCGCGCUGAACGACCCAGUCAGAUUACUCGCUCGUAUGCACUUUCUCCAACAUCAGGAACUUUGUCUGCACUUAAUUAUGUAUAUUAGCUUUAAAAUAUGUAGGCCAUUAAAAAAAGAUUGCCUGCUGAUGGUAAUACCAGCUUUUCCCCCAUAAAUCUUGGAGCUGCACUUAUGUUUCAGUGGCUGGGGAUACGCAGUAGCACUCGCCCACAUUGUUGCUACAGUGUGUCUUGCUGGUGACCAUUUAUUUUUGUUUGAUUCCUUCCUUUACCAUCAUUGCUUCCUGCCCCUGUACUGGACACAGUUCUUCCUCAGUUCUUAUCCCACCCACCCCCACCCCCACCCACCCCUCAGCAUUGUGGAGCUCAGGUCAUUGGGGAUGUGUUCAGAGGGGUGUGGAUUGCUGUUGUCUGGAGAGCUGAGCACUUCCACAUCCUCUGUAAUCCAAGCAGAGGUUGAUUCAGGGUUUUUUCAUAUGGACUGCCUGGGAGGGUUCAGCUGUAGCCAUGGAAGAGUAAAGCUUCAUGAGCCCAUUAUGUGUAAAUCGCUUGUCUGUACUCCGCAGAGUAAUCCCAUAGGAGCUGGCGGGAGACUUGUAGAAAGCCUUUUGAUUGGUUCUUACUACAAAACCCUGUAAUUGGUUCAAAUCAGUGAGUCACCGAGAGCACAUUGCAGCACUGGAAUAAUGUAUCAUUGAUAUCAGAGUCACUACAUGUUGCCUUAGGGUGAGGAUUCUGUCUGCAGUGCUCUUAAGGUGACGUCUGCCUUUUUACACUGUCGUGGAAGAGUCUUCAUGACUCCUCAAAAUGGAUUACGGUUUCCACGUGCCGUCACUUGCUGAAAUUAAUUUGUUAAUAAAGAGGGAAAUUUGUCUUGCUGCCCCUCACAAUCCAAAUUGUUGGUUAACAAAAUAUGACAAUAAAUGCAUGUAUGAGCACACUGGUGAUUAAGAGGUAUUUGCAAAUGGCUAUCCCACUGGAAUCAAUUGUUCAAAUUGGCUAAAUGAUGACUGCAAGGUUAAACAUUAUUAGAAUGAAUUAUACUAUUUACUUGUAUUAUUAGUUAUUGAUGAUAGUUUCUGCAGUUGAGCAACAGACCUUUUUUUAAAACUGUGUCUCCUACUCUUGAGUAAUGCGAACAUCAUCCUGGAGGAAGUUUAACAUAUCCUCUGCUGUGUGGCUUUCAUCUAGCAGAGCGGUGUAAGGGCACCUAGUCUUGGAGGGCUUGCUUGCUUUGCAAGUUUCAGCGGCAGAAGUGAUUCAUUUCAGUCACUGGCUGAUUGGCUAGAGUCUACACACCUUGUUUCCACAGUCUAAAUUGGCUGCUGAUUGAAAGGAAACUGAGGAAACCUGCAGAGACUGCAGACCUCCUGGACGUGAGUUUGACGCCCCUGAUCAAGUUGUCUGCUUUGGGUUUUCUGAAGGCCAUCUGUUUCUGUAGAUCUGUCAAACGUCUGAGUGUCUGAGAAUCUUUCUACCUGGCAUUUGCAGUUUUACUAAGGUUUUUUGUAUUUGCCUCAAAUGUCCAAACUAGCAAAUAAUUCUAACCGUUGUAUAUGCUCUUCUAAAAAUGUUUUAGUUUAAAUGUUUCAACAUUUAAUUUUUAUUGGUUUCCUUCACAAAUGAGGAACACGCUGCCUUUUCCUAUAGGAUAUUUCAGAGUUUUUUUCUGAGCAAACCUUGCUGUCCAUAACUGCACCCCAGUGUUUGACCUGCUGCACAGAAGCUAAUUUGUAUUCAUUGACAUACUUUACUCUUCAGUAAUAUGAGUUGGACAGAUCUCCAAGUUACUGCCCAAGUACAGUAUCUCCAUGCAGUUUGAGUUUUGUGAAGCAUCACAAGUCUUCAUUCUCCCAUCUCUGGUUUUAGGAGAUAAGCAUUUCUGAUUUGACCAUGGGAUGGCUUCUUAUUUCCUGAUUCAGUUGAUUUGGAAUAAAUGUGUAAAGUUAUUGCCGAACUGCUUGCAAUAACCGCUGAUGUCCUUGGAAACGGAUGUCUGUGUGACUGCGAUUUUGGGAUUCCCAUGCCAGAUACCUGUGAUAUAGUGCCUCUGUCUCCCAAAUUUCCCAUAUUGGUGAACCCUGAACUGUGGUUUUAGCCCCUGUGUUCGGCUCCAUUGCUCUGCCUUGCUUCUCCACUUUUCUUUAGGAUGGAGUGGAGGCAGCAUUCAGACUUGGUUCCACCUGCACACUGAAAAUGUAGCAGGUGAAAUGCAUUAUUUUUGUAUCUAAAGUCCCAGACUGAAAUUGGAGCACGUCAGGUGUGGCAAGGAAAAAGUUCUACAUUUCUGUUCUAAAGAAUUCUGCAUUACGAAAAAAUGAUACUUAUUAAAAUUAUUGGUACUAAUGUAAAAUUAGUUUUUUCAAGUUUUUGAAAGGUUUUUUUAAACCACAAAGCUGUUACUCUGCUUUAUUUUUUAUUUUAUUUUAUUUUUUACUUGCAACUCUUUGACAUGCCAUUUUCUGCUUGGAGAUAUUGCCUCGUUGCAGUAAUCUUUGCUUAAAAUAAGGUUGUGUGUAGGAAUACCAGAGGAAAAGCUGUCUCUCCCAUGUACAUUGACUUGUAGUCUACCAACCCACCCCCUUCACCUUGGAAGAUGGUUAAAGGACCAUUGGCUGGGGAGGAGGUUGUUCUGUAAGCUGUGAGGAGUCAAUAAUUUGGGGGGGGGGGGGGGCGUUGAGAAAACAAGGGAGGUAAGGAAGCGGGUAAUGGAUGGAUAUGCUAUCACUUACCACCUACUCAAAUGUCCCUGUGUUCUGAAUGCAUUUUAUUGUUGACCUUUUUGUUGGGGGGGGGGGGGGUAUUUUUGUAGUUGUUUGUUUUGUAUCUGGCUUUGUAAAUAAAAAUUAAUUUAUAUGUUUGUAAGAAAA